AUGUCAACUACGCAGCCGGCCCUCCCUACUCCCUGUCCCCCAACCGCCGCACGCUCGGCAAUCCCGGUCCUCUGUCCGUAUUCCCUCUCUCCUCUCCUCUCCUCUGCGCAUCACAUCGACUCAUACCCGUCGAAUAGUGGCCUCUUCUCCUUCGCGUCCACGACUCUCAUCCUCUCGCUCUAUAACUGCAACACCCAUGGCACGUCCUCCGCCACGCCCAACCUCGUCGUCGGUAUGGCACUUUUCUGUGGUGGGCUCGCGCAGCUACUGGCGGGCAUGUGGGAGUUUGCGGUCGGGAACACGUUUGGUGCGACUGCCUUCUCAUCCUACGGCGCCUUCUGGCUCUCCUACGCCACCAUCCUCAUCCCCGGCUCUGGAAUCGCGGACGCGUUCACUGAGAACCCAUCGGAGGAGCCGAACGCGAUUGGGAUAUUUUUGAUUAGUUGGAUGAUUGUUACUUUUAUAUUUUUCCUGUCGUGUCUGAGGCGGAGUAUCGGCCUUUUGGCGCUCUUUGGCUUUUUGACGAUCACGUUUAUGUUGCUCGCUAUCGCAAACUUCACAGGCAAAUCCUCCGUCACGACCGCCGGCGGCGUCUUUGGCGCCAUCACGGCGUUCAUCGCGUAUUAUUGUGGCGCGGCGGAACUGUUGACGGUGGACGAUGCGUUUAUGUUGCCGUUGGGGCAUCAGAUCGCGAAGAGGAAUGAUUAG